AUGGGAAAAUUACUGAAGCCAGGAAAAGUUGUUAUAAUGUUGAAUGGUCGUAGAGCUGGAAAAAAGGCAAUAAUUAUAAACACUUAUGAAAGUCAAACAAGAGAGAGACCUUACAGCUACUGCUUAGUUGCUGGAAUAGAAAAACACCCACUAAAAGUUACCAAAAAAAUGUCCAAGAGGAAGAUUAUGAAAAGAUCCAAGGUGAAAGCAUUUGUAAAGUACAUUAACGUUAAUCACAUUCUUCCCACCAGAUAUCAAGUAUCGAGUGACUUCGAUGUUAAAAGUUUAGCAUCAGAAGAUAUUUUAAGAUCCAAGAACAAAAAGAAGGAAGUUAAAAAAUUAGGAAAAAUUUUCAGAGACAAAUUUUUAGAUCCAAUUAACAAAAAAACAGGAGAAGUUUCCAAGGACAUUUCAUUUUUACACAAAAAAUUAUACUUUUGA